AUGAAGGAAGACAAUAACAAUCAAAAGCCGCUGAUCGACCUAAUACCAGGAGGGUAUACUACUAGUGGCCUUCAGUUUGGAACUAAUAAACUGCUAAAAGUAGCUGUUCUUGACGGCAGCAACACAGAACGAAGCGAAAAUCCUGACUCCAAUUCAGACUUAUAUAAGUUUUUAAGCUCUAUAGAGCUAAACCAUCUAACUGUUGCAAGAAAAAUCGGCCUAAAUCCUGAUUUCUUUAAAUCUCAUCCUGAUUUAUUAAAUUCAGGAGAGCCAGUUCGCAUUGCGAUAGAAAAAGGUCAUAUCGAAUUUGCAAAUGAAUUACUAGGUGCUGGCUAUAUAAGAUUUUGCCUCCAUAUAUCUAUAUUAAUAACAAUAAAUACCCUAAAAUAUAUAAAAAUAAAUAACAAUAAUUGACACUAAAAAAUAAAUAUAAUAAAAUACAGCAUACUUGCUGGCCUGGAAUUUUAAUCAGAGCUAUAAGAGAAAACAACGAUAAAGCAAUAAAACACAUUUUACAAGGCAAAUUUUAUGAUGAAUCCUGAAAUGAGCUAAACAUAUGAUACCUCCUUUACAGAGGCUUCAUAACCCAUGCUGAAACACUUUACUACCAAACCCCUCUGAAAAGUGCAUAUUCAAUCGAUAAUGAUAUCAAAAUCUUGCUGAAAGACCAAAGACUCCUCAGAUUUGGCAUAAAAACCGCUUUAACUGAAGGAAUUGAUGACAUAGCCUCCUCAAUGCUGACCCAAAACCCAAAUGCUCUCACCCCUGAUAUGAUCGAGCUAGCCCUCGACAAGCACAAUUUAGAUUUUUUAAGAAAAAUUUGGACUGGCGACAUCAGGGUCCAAAAAAAUGGCCUACCCAAAAAAAGGCUUAAAUCCAGCGAUUUAUGAAAAGUUUUAGACGCAGCCUCACAAGAAGAUAAAGAGACCCUUGCAGAAAAAUUAGAAGUUUCCUUUAUUAUCAGCUAUUUAUUAGAAAGAAAGCUUAUUGCUGAGGUCAAAAAAGUUAUGACUUGGCCUGGGGCCGCUGAUGAGCCUGGAGUACUUGAAGUUUUUAUCCAGCAUGAAGAGCAAGAGCUUGCCAAAGAAAUUUUGGAAAAAAGAGAAAGCCAAAUCACUAUAGAAGAAUUUGAAUUUUGUUUAGACAAGCAGCAGCUUUGGCUUGCUAUUGAGAUGCUUAAAUGAAAAGCAGCUUUAUCGUCUUUAAAAAACUAUAAAAUUCAGAAAAAAAUACUGAAAUGGCUGGCUGAUGGGCGGUAUUGUUACUGUGCUAUGGAAAUGCUGUCUCAUAUCCCUGCAGACUGCUGGCGUUUUGAGCUGACCAGGAAGCUUACAAUGACUGUCAACACUUUUAUCAAAAAAACUGACGAAAUCGUCAAAUGCCACCGCCCGCUGCUAUUUUUAGUCCUUUUAGCAGAAUUUUUGAUAAAAAUCGCCCCAAAAAAUAUUUAUUAUACCCACGUCUGUACAAAAACCUCCAAUUUAUUACUUACUUUGGCUAAACAAAUAGAGGAUAAUAUUUUUGAAGAAGAAGAGCUGAGGUAUAGGAUGUGCCAAUUAGACUCCCAUGGGAGAAUGCUUAUUGUGAUUAUUGCAGAAAACCGGUUUUAUUCCUUAUUAGAAAAUAAUGACAUAGGCAGCAUUAUUUCUAAGCUUUGGGUAGGGUCUAGAAAACACCAAGGACUGCUUAAAGCUUCUACCCUUUAUAGAUCAUAUAACGCCCCUGCGUCUACAGAAGAAAGAAUAGCGCUAUUUGGCACAAUGGACCGAAAUAAGUCUUAUUUAUUCCAAUAUUCCCAACUUAUUGACAGCUGCAGCCUUAGAUUUCUAGGCCAAGCGGCCUCGACUAUUCUUUUAGUCAUUUUUUAUACAGCUAUGAUCCAUUCUGCGACGCUUGAAGGAGAAAUGGAUGAUGUGACUGAAGACUACACCGCAAUGGUCUUUUUGCGGCUUUCUCAAGUCUGAAUCAUUGGCAUUAUUAUAGAAAGGCUUCUGCAUUUUCUAUACGGAAUCAAAACCAAUCGUGGCAUUUUGUGGGAUUAUUGGGUUUUAUUAGAUUUUUUAGUAUUUCUUCAAAUGAUUUUUAUUAUGACCUCAGUCAAUAAAAAAUACGUCGGGGAAGGAAAAUUAAUUUAUUGGACGACCUCAGUGAAAUUUAAUUCUUAUAUGCACAGCAUACAGCUAUUUUUAAUAUGGCUCAGGCUAUUAGGUAUUGGGGAUACCAGCAAAACUUAUGGCCCGAUGCUGAGAAUUAUUAUGCUAAUGAUAAAAAUUUUGCUGAGAUUUGCAUUUAUUUUUGGGUGUUAUUUUUUCUUGGGAGCGUCUGUGUUUACCUCAUUAUUUUCAAAGUAUACAACAGGAGGGGAAUUUUCGACGUUUGGGAAUUCGUUUAAGAAAAUGUAUCUUUCAAUGUAUGCGCUUUAUGAUAUGACUGUGUUUACGGAGUAUCAGGCUUUUGGGGCUGUUGUUUAUGAAAUUUAUGUGAUUAUUUCAUUUAUGCUGCUGUAUAAUUUGGCGACAGCUUUUCUUUAUAAUAUUUAUUAUAGUGAGAUGGUGAUGGCGGAAAGUGAACAUAGGUGUGUGCUUAUUUUGGAAUAUAAUAAGUGAAGCUGGGAUGAUAGAUAUGGGCUAAUGAUAUUGCUGCCCACACCGUUUUCGGCGAUUUCGGCAUGUCUUUCUCCGUUUUUAUUGAUUUCGAAAAAGCCAGGUUAUUGAAAUUCACUUUUUUCUAACUUUGCAAUUAAUAUUAUUUUAAUAAUGAAAUUAUGGUAAAAAAUAAUAUUAAUUUUAUAUUAAAUUAUAAUUUAUUUGAAGUAAGAUAUUUUAUGUGAUUUAUGUAAUACCUCAAUUUAUAGUUUUUGCUAUAAUUACCCUUAUUCUUGUUCCUUUUGUCUAUAUCGGAACUAUCGAGCCAUUUGCGCGACGCGGAAAUAAGAAAAAACAAGUCCUCAACAUCCUCGAAAAGCCUUCUCAAGACCACACAGAUGAAAGCGAAAGCGAUGACGACCCUGAUUUUGACGAAAAAGUAGUCGUCUACAAAGGUUUUUCCUUCCGAAGAGCCUUAGUCUGGCUUAUAAUCGGUCCCAUUAUAGUCAUACUGUCCUAUCUCCGAGAUCUUUUAGAAUUCUGGACCCUAAUCUACAAAGAUUACCAAGACCUCGAAGAAGAAACCGAAAUCAGUAAAGUCCAAGCCAUUGUAAACGAAAAAUUAAUGAAGGAUUUACAUGUAAUUUUAUCAAAAAUCCAGGUGUCCCACAUCUCAGUUGACGAGUUUUUAAAUGAAUUUAUAGAAGAAGACAAUAAAACUUUAAAUCCUGUCGUGCUAGAAAAUACAGCAGCUAUGACAGAAAGGCACAGGCUGCUGGGGGAGUACUUUAAGCAGCUGCCAAAUUCUCAGAAAAAAGGAAUUAUUAGCGUUUCUUUAAUAAAAGAUUUGUUACCUCAACAGUCGUAUUAUUCGGCGAGCUAUAUAGAUAGGGCAAGACAUAUUUCUGUAUAUACAAUAGCCAAAGCUGCAAAAGAAUUUAGGGUUGUAACUGGGACUAUUAAUAUUAAAGGAGCAUUAGUACCGAAACAGCUUAUAACUGGGGAAACUCCUCAGAUAAAAAGACUUGAUGUUUCUACUAAAAAAGCCAAACUGAGGGUUGACUUGGUUAUUAAUGAUUUUGAGGAUAUUUCGAGACUUAUGAGUGAGCAUACUAACUGCACCCUUCUGUUAGAGAAUAAAAAAAUUUUUUCAUUUUUUUUAGAAAUUUGUAUGUAAAUUUUAUACCAAAAUUUUUUUUUGAAAUUUAAAAAAUCCCAAUUGGAAAGUAAAUAUUAAUUUAAUUUAUAAAAUUCACGUUUUAAAAUGCAAAUUGUUUAAAAUUAAGCAGAGGCAACAAUAGAUUUGGUUAAAAUAAUUAUCAAUUAUAUAUCAAAGUAUUUUUCUUAAAAAAAUUUUGUUCGCUAGGUUUUUGUGCAACAAAAAUAAGAAUUUUUCCAAUGAUUGCUUUCGUUAAUGGAGAGGGGGAGUAAGCAUUUUGAACAAGAGUGGAUUAAUUCUCAGAGAUCUUCAACGAUGAGAGAAAGUAAAUAA